CCGCUGAGGAAGCAGCGCCGCCCCGCCUUUCCUCGCACGAGAACCACCGCCGGCACCAACGCCCCGCCGAGGAUGCGCAAGGCUCUCGAGGGCAUCCGCGCCUUCCUCGCGAGCAAGAGCUGCUACGACAUCUUGCCCGAGUCGUUCCGCCUCAUCGUGUUCGACACCAAGCUCGGCAUCACCAAGAGCCUCCAGGCCCUCGUCACCAAUGGCGUCGUCUCGGCACCCCUGUACGACUCGAGCACGCACCGCUUCGCCGGCAUGUUCACCCUCGCCGACGUCGUCCACCUCAUCCAGUACUACUACCUCACCGCGCACGAGUUUGAGAACGUCGUCAAGGACGUCGAGGCGUUCCAGCUCGAGAGCCUGCGCAAGAUCGAGCAAGCCAUCGACGUUCCUCCUCCGCCGACCAUCUCGGUCCACCCCGACCAGCCCCUGUCGGACGCCUGUGCCGCCCUCGUCCGCACGCACGCUCGUCGACUGCCGCUCGUCGACCGCGACGACCAGACGGGCCAAGAAACCAUCAUCAGCGUCCUGACCCAGUACCGCGUCCUCAAGUUCAUCGCCAUCAACGUGCGCGGCGAGGACCUGUCGGGCCCGCUGCACGGCGAGGACGCCGAGGCGGCGGCGGCCAUGGGCGUCUCGGACCGGUUCUUCCCGCUGUCGACGGCGACGAUGCAGACGAGCGUGUUUGACGUCGUGCACAUCUUCUCGGAGCGCGGCAUCAGCGCUGUGCCCAUCGUCGACGAGGACGGCGUCGUGCUCAACUUGUACGAGACGGUCGACAUUGUCGACCUCGUGCGGCAGAACGCGUACCAGGUGCUUCACCUCUCGAUCGCCGACGCCAUCAACAUGCGCUCGCCCGACUUUACCGGCGUCAUGACGUGCACGCCCAACGACACGCUCGCGUCGAUCCUCACCUACGUGCGCGAGCGCCGCUGCCACCGGUUCGUCAUCGUCGAGCCCGAGGACGUGCCGGCGCGGGACGGCCAGCCGCCGAGGAAGAAGGGCAGCUUGGUCGGCGUCUUGAGCCUGAGCGACGUCCUGCGGUUCCUCGUCGGGUACCAGAACCUCAAGGGCAUGGAGGUGCCCGGUCUUGGCGUUCACGGCCUUCGAGGCGUCGAGUCGACCGACCCCAACAACCCGACCGGCCCCGACUUUGACGGCGACACGGCCUCGAUGACGGACGGCGCGUCGUCGGUCGGCGGCGGGAGCAAGGCGGCGAGUCGGCGCGGCAGCGAGGCGACGACCGACGCGGGCGGG